CCAUGUUUUUUUGGGACACCCUGUAUAUAUUUUCCUAAUUACCCUAUUACCAUAUUAGUACCAUAUUAUCCUAUCAGAGAGGAGUUAUGAUUGAACUCACGUUAGACUUCAAUCUCUUACGAGACAUUUAGCUUGACGUGAUUUAAGGUUUAUUUAUAAUUUUCACGUUUUUAGAUUUGGAAUGUUGAAACCAAGCAUAUCAAUUUAUAUGAUUUUCAUAUUUACCAUUAAUCCAAGUAUAUGUGAAAAACCCGACAAUGAUAUAUUUUCCUCCGUGAAAGAACUUUCAAAACUUGUGAAAAAAGAAGACAAAUUUUUCUUAAACUUGGAGACUUUAACGAUAGAGUUAGAGAAAAAGGUUUCGAAACUUCGAAGAUAUUUAAAAUUUAACAAGCCAAGGAGAGGGGUGGAGACUCCGGAGGAAUAUGUUUCUAAUCCUGUAAACUCGAUAGCACUCGUUAAACGAUUGGGAUUAGAAAUGCAUAAGUACGGAAUCCAUGAGCUAUUGGCAGAAAAAAAAACAUUAGAGUUGCAAACAGAACUAAACAGUCUUAUCCAGGAAUUUCCAAAAAUGUCAGAUUUUUCCGGAGCCGCUAAUGGUAUUCAUCUGUUACAGGAACACUACAGGUUGAAUAUUUCACUUGUUGCAGAGGGAAUAAUUGAAUAUGAAAACCAGAUUUUUAAAAGUGAACAUACCCUUGGUGCAGAUGAGCUUACUGAAAUAGGAAUGCAUGCAGCAAAUGCUGGUUUCUAUGAUAGUGGAGUAGACUGGUUACAGCUCGCUAGGAUUAAAUAUCAUACAAACAGAAAAAAUGGUGAAUUGUUUACGGAGACCACGGAGUCCAUCGAUUCCCGGCUUCGUGACGCAAUCAAGAUUCAUGAUCAUUGGUUGGAAACCAGAGGAGUAGUUGGAGAGACGCAUAGAUGUAAUCACCUACCAUUCAAUACUAAACUCAGGAAAAAGAAGAAGUAUCGUGAAGCCAGGAAAUCUAAUAGUUGGAGAAAAGCGGAGAAAAGUAGAAACAUUUUCCCCCUUUAUACACUUGUCAAAGAUGCUAGGGAACAUUCACUCAGGUAA